ACCGCAUAAAAUCAAUAAUUCUCACUUCACACCCCUCUUUUCUUCUCAAAUUUCUAAGGCUUUUUCAUCUUCUUAAGAAACCUACUAAAACCCUAACACCAAAUCUAAUUUAUAUUCCGGUCCUACUGUGUUUUAUGAAUGGUCCCUUCCUUUCACGUGGUGGGUAUAGCUCAGAAGCUUGAUCUUAUAUUUUAGUCCUUAAUGAACAUAUGAAAGAAUCAAGAUUUCGAUUAAAAAUCGAGCAAUAUGGGGAGUUAGAAUCUUUGGAGUUCUGGGUAGGUUUGCCCCUUCAUAUUAGGAACUUGGCAUUUAAACUUCAUAGAAUGGAGUGUAAAAUGAAUGAGACCACUGUGAUAUGUCAUAGUGAGCCUUGUGCUUGGUACCCUCCAUUGUUUGAAACCUUUCCUUGUCCACCAACUGGUUAAAAAGAUUUUAUGUCUAUAAUUGGUAGAACCAUGUUUGAGAGUGAUGGAGUGAACGCUGAACAUGUAAGGCAGUGUAAUUGAAUGGAUGAUGUUUGGCUUCCUUCUAAGUUUCAUGUAUCUACAUUUGUACAGAGUGGGGUUGAUCAAUCCAAGGUCGUCAAUUUAGUUCAGCCUAUUGAAGUUGACUUCUUUGAUCCAUUUAAAUAUAAGCCAUUAGUUCUUGCUUCAGUGGGAAAUCCGAUUUUAGGCACAAGAAAUUCUAAGAAGGAAUUUGUGUUUUUGAGUGUGUUUAAGUGGGAGUAUAGGAAAGGAUGGGAUGUGUUGCUGAAAGCUUUCGAAGAAUUUUCUGUGAUUGAUGGUGUUGCUUUGCAUUUGUUAACAAAUCCAUAUCAUUGGGAUAGAGAUUUUGGGAACAAGACUGGUGUUGAGGAUUCUGAUAUCCUAGAAAAACUAGAAAAUGGGUGGCCUUCUAUUUAUGUGAUUCAUGCCCACGUAGGUCAAAUUGAUUUGCCAAGAAUGUACAAGGCAGCCAAUGCAUUCGUUCUUUCAUCAAGAGGGGAAGGGUGUUGUUGAUGCAUUCGUGGGCUGGGUUGGGUUAAUUUCCUUAGCUGGUAGUUAUUUCCUUUUUCAAAAAAACUGCUGUUUGGGUAGUUUAUUUUCAUUAGGAAUUUUAUUCUCGUUAGGAAGUUUACUUUUAUUAGGAAUCCCACAAAAUAUGACUUCUAUUUUUGUAAGAAGCCUUGCCUAUUUAUGGGGCAGUUGCAGUAAUAAAACAUAAGUCAUAAUUCAACCAAAAACAAGAGAUCGGAGUUGUCUUCCAUCGAACUCUAAAGUUUCAAUCUCCCUUUAUCGAACUGAAUUAAUAUUCAAAAUAGGUCGACCUAAGAAUCCAAACAAGAGCAAAGGGAAGUCAAAGCUAAUAGAUUUAGAUUUUUCUGACCAUCGUCCUGUGACCCGAUCCCUAACUAGAAAUCCUAACAAAGGGUGAGGGAGGCCUCUUGUGGAGGGUAUGUCUAUUUCUUUGCCAGUCAUUGCCCCAAAUUGGUCAUGGUCGAUAGAAUAUCUGACCAAGGCGAAUAGCUAUCCAUUGCCUGUGGAUAGAAUGACUCAAGUUAUGGAAGGACCUCUCAAAGGGGGCAUCCUGGGCAAAACCUUUCUUUGAUAAGCUUCAGCUUUUGAUGAGGCGAGUGAUGACUAAUGUCGAGGAAGCCAAAACUAAAGGCAGGCGGACAAGGGAAGACAUGAUUAGAAGGUUUUCUCCCGAGGUUGUUGCG